CCACUCUGGUGUUCUUACAAUAAUUUAACUAUUCUUGUUUCAUUUAUUUUACUUCUCAAGAAACGAUUUAUAUCAUCAUCAUAUUUUGGGUUCACACAAAACGUUUGUUGUUAUUUGACAGCCCUUCUGUUUCUGGUAGCAGCUGCAAGGACUUAUAAUGCCUUUUUAACCUAUGAAUUGUGAAUGCAGGACAUUUCAGAUAUUUGUUUUUUGCACACUACAGAUUCAACCACGUGUAAUAUUACCAAACGACAGUUUCGUCAAUUGGAAACCAAACGUUUUUGUUAUAAGUAAAUAUUUAUGAAGUGAUGUAUUGUCUGAUCUUGCCCAAGGCACAUUUAAACGGAGAACGUGCUUGAGACACCCUCUAGUGGACAGUUUAUGCACUGCAUCGACAACGUGAGGAUCAGUUCCAGGUGUGAUGAUUAGAUUAGGUGGUAACAAACAAGGCCAAGGUUUGCUUAAAACUCUAGCAACGGGACGUUGGCUCUUCGUCUGUCUGGUUUGAUUAAUAAUGUCUUCAGUUCAGGUCGCGGUGAGAGUGCGCCCUUUGAACAAAAGAGAAAAACAGUUGUCAUCAAAGGUGAUUGUGCAUAUGAAGGAGAACACCGCAUCCAUUCAUAAGCCUUCUUCUUUACGUGGAGACAAGUUGAAGGACAGAGGCAAAAUCUUUUCUUUUGACUUCUCUUUUGACUCAACUGACAGUAAAAGCUCCACGUUUGCUUCCCAGGAGAAGAUUUUCCAGGACUUGGGAUCUGAUGUAAUAAAAGCAGCUUUUGAAGGUUUCAACGUCUGCUUGUUUGCAUAUGGCCAAACGGGCUCAGGGAAAACUUACACCAUGAUGGGACAUAAGGUGGAUAAAGGUUUAAUUCCACGGAUCUGUGAGGGCUUGUUCUUGGAGUUAUCCAACAGAAGCAAAACUGAGACUGUCUCAUUUCACACGGAGGUCAGCUAUCUGGAGAUCUACAGCGAACGUGUUCACGACCUUCUGAAGAAGAAAUCACCAAGCACUGAUGGAGGGGGGUUGAAAGUGAGGGAGCACCCCUAUGAAGGACCCUACGUAGAAAAUCUGUCGAAGCACGUGGUGCACAGCCAUGGCGACGUGGAGGCUUUGAUCAGUCUUGGCAACACCAAUCGUACUGUAGCCAGCACAGGCAUGAACGACUUCAGCAGCCGCUCGCACGCCAUCUUCACCAUCACCUUCACCCAGGCAUGGUUUGAUGCAGAGUUGCCACGUGAGAAGCGGAGUAAAAUCCACCUGGUGGACUUGGCGGGCAGUGAGAGAGCUGAUGCCACCCACACCGCAGGCCCCAGGCUGAAGGAAGGAGCCAACAUCAACAAGUCCCUGGUCACCUUGGGGAGUGUGAUCUCAGCUCUUGCUGAUAUUGGUGAAGGUGGACAGUUGGCCAAAAAGAAGCAGAUCUUCAUUUCUUACAGAGACUCUGUGCUGACAUGGCUUCUAAAAGACAGCCUGGGUGGAAACUCCAAAACUACCAUGAUAGCGACCAUUUCCCCGGCUGACUCGAACUACGCCGAGACUCUGAACACUUUACGUUAUGCGAGCCGUGCUAAAAACAUCGUGAACACCCCCCAGGUGAACGAAGAUGGCACCGUGAAGAUGAUCAGAGAGCUGCAGGCUGAAGUGGCCAGGCUUCAAAUACAACUAGCAGAAGCUGUUCAGGGUUAUGGCUGCGAGUCACCCACAACUCGGAAAGUAGAAGAGAAGCUACAUCAAAAGGAGGCCAAGAUUGAAGUUCUCACCAAGCAGUGGACCAGUAAGUGGGAGGAGACGCCGACUGUUCUGCAGGUACAGUAUGAGGAGACGGUGGCUCUGAGAAUGGAGGGCAGCGGAGUCGUCCUGAACUGCCAGUUACCUCACCUGAUAGGCAUCAACAAAGACCUGCUCACCACUGGAAUCAGACUCUAUUAUCUGAAAGAGGGCAGAACCCUGAUUGGGAGUGAAGAAGCAUUGUGUAGUCGGGAUGUCGUGCUUGAUGGACCUGGACUCCUCCUUGAACACUGCCUGUUUGAGAACAGCGCUGGGAUCGUGGUUCUGUUCCCUCAGGAUGGUGCACCGUGUUCAGUCAACGGGUCUGUGCUCUCCGAUCCCUGCCAGCUCAGUCAGGGUGCAGUUAUAGAACUAAGAGGAGGAACCACACUUUGGUUUAAUCAUCCAGGUGAAGCUUCCCAGCUGAAAGAGAGACGGCAGAGAGGGCUGCUGUCUGCAUUCUGGCCGUGUCUGACCGACUCGUCCAAAUCGACAGAGAAUGCGUCUGCGGCGAUGCAGCAGGAUUCAAGUCACUUAAUCCAGAUGGACGUGCCAGGAGCAAAGAGCCAGUCCACAGAGCCCAAAGUCGCUCUUAAGUCCACUCCAGAGAAGAACGCGACUACAGCCAUUCCUGAAAGAGAUCCUGUCCCUCACACCAGUUUGGAGUUGGAUGGAGACGCACUACAAGGUGGAGUAGGCAUCGGGGAUGGCCAGGAGCAGGAGAGGGACUUGUGUCAUAAAUCAGGGCCAGGGCUCGUGUCUGAGAGUCCACAAUGGGGAGCUCUGAGUGGAGCUGGUGUUGCAAGUUAUAAUGCAGAGGAGCUUUGGUCAGGGGAUGCCAGCCUCCAGCAGACAAGUGUCCUGGGCCCAGGUGAUGGAUGUGGCAUGAAGCCAAAAGGGAAUGCUAAUGAGAUCAGAGGUGUUGUGACUGACUGCUAUAAGGGGAGACCUGGCUCUGAAGGGAGCUCAUUAGGCAGCAUGUCCCACCUGCUGAGGAAUGGAGGAAGUGGAUUCACGUCGGUCCUCCCAGAGACCAGCACUCAGAUGGCCUGCUGUCCACCCAAAGACACAACGUUUGGGAACCAGCACACUUGUGAGGAGAUGGAUGAAUCUGGAGGUGUAGAAGAGAUCCCAGAAGUUGGUUUGACAGAAACUGCGGCACCUGCAGAUCAAAACUCGGGGCUGGCCUCUUUGUUUAGCAGAGUUUCUUGGCUUUUCCGGGACGCACAUCGUCUCCUUUGGAGUCCUCCUACAUUGCUGCAGCAAGUCGCAACAGAAAGACUGCAACCUGUUGGUGCCGCUUGGGCCAACCAAGUCAUUUCUCUGGUCAAAGAAAGUUCUGUUCUUUCUGUGGUGAAGGACAGCCAGGCCUUCUCCGUGGCCGCAGGAAAAUUCAUCUUCUCCUUUUUUAAGGAUUAUCAUAUUUUUUCUGUUGUGAACGAUCUUUCCCUCGUGCAGCUCCUGCAGACAAACAUAACUCCCCAUUUUCAGCUCAAAGAGGCAGCUUGGGUGAUUCAGAGCAGUGUUAGUCCUGAUGAUGCACAACGCCCAGCUCUGACUUCAGCACAGACCAAGACGGAAGAAUUGCAAGAUGAUGAGCAGCAAACCUCCCAGGAUUUCACCGAGGAAGAUUCGCAGUCCCAACAAAAGCAAGACGGGGACGAUAUUCAUGCUAAACAAAACGGUGAGAAUGUUCCAGAGCCUCAGCUGUUCAAGCAGAUCAGCAUGACACAAGCAUCUGAAGGCCCAGAUAAGACACUGGACAACUUAAAACACAUCAACAUGGUCACUCAAACACUGAUAGAAUUUCCUGAUGCUCUUAUGAAGUUUCAAAACGUCCCGCUGCAAGACAUGAUGGACUCUCUACAGUCGAUCGUCUCUUCAGUGCCCUCCUCCCAGAUACGGGCUCUUUUCUGGCUGAGUGCAGCUAAAUGCCGCCAGCCUGAACCCCAGCCCGGCCUCCUGAUCCUGAUGGAUACUGAUCUUUACACGCUGACCGCCGACUCUGGACUCCCGGCCUUGUUCCACCACCUCCCUCUGCUUCAGCUUAAGGAGAUGCAGAUAGGCUUAGGGGGUCAGAGUUUGCACCUAAUCAGCACAGCUGAGGAUGGCGUACUCUGUGUUUAUACCCACAGCCAGAAGAACACCAAGGAGCUUUGCAGGGCCAUCCUGGAUGCCGUUUGUCCUGAAGACGGCAGGAUUUCUCAGCACCCGCUAAUCCAUGAAGAUCUGAUGAAGUUAUCUCUGGACUCUGGGGUGUCUGUGCCUGACCUGCUGCUGGACACUGGGUUAAAGCUUUACUGUCGAUUCCAGAGGAGCUUUGCAGAUCUGGUUUAUCAUAUUUAUUCUAACAUGAACGAAGCAGAAAUGACUCUGGGAGAUGUGCAGCUGUUGAUGUACACAAGUGUUGCAGUGCAAAUGGCUGCCGGUCCUCCCAGCAAACGUGUGGCCCAGUUUUUCCUUUCAGAUACGCAUCUGGGUCUGGUGAGGGAGGAGGCUGUCUGUCACCCCGCCCCACAGGCCGUCACAACCGCCUGCCGCUCCCAGUUCCACGAUUUAACUAUUCGCCGGUGCUCUGAUGUGCGCUGCAUACUGGUGCACGACGAGGACAAGAAUGGAAUGGUCGGGCUGGAUCUGGUCCUCAGCGCGAGGGCCAGGGGUCACCCUGAAAGCGUGGCGUUGGCAGCUACCUCGUCUGAGCGUGCUUUAAAUUCAUCUCCGCCUCCAGAAGUGUGGAAAUUAACUUUCAGUUGCUCCGCUGAGGCCACCUGCCUGAUUAAUCACUUGUCAAACGUCUGAUCAAGGACUGAACGGUGGGUAAUGAACAGCCCAGCUGGAAAACGCCCGCUCACUGAGAGCAGUGGCACAAGUGCAUCCAGCCAGACAGACCAAAGGACGACUUCAUCGCUAAAUGACAGAAGACUUUGACCUACUUUAAAGCUUCUUUUCUCUUUUCACAUCAAUACCUUUGCUCUUAUUUUUAUCUCUAAAGCACUUGAAUUUUCUACAGUUUGAUGUUUAGAGUUAGCGGUUGAAAUUUUGCAUUUAUAAUUAAAAGAUCUGUGUUAGUUUUAAUAGGACUUGUAAUAUUUUUAUGACUGACCAAGUGAUUUCAUGUAUAAGGUGGUUAUAUUAAUGUGUUUUCUACUAAUUGAAGGUCUUUAUGUAAAAAUAAAUAAAAGUAAUGUGAAAUUUUAAUGUAAGACUUAAAAUAAAAGGUUAAACUCACUUUUGCUGUGAUGUUUUAUUCACUUCUCUUAUUUGGGUUGAUGUGAGACUGUUUCUAUUUUUGUCUCCAUGGUUUCAGUCAAGCUCAGUUUCUCCGUCUUUUAGAGUUUCAUUUACUCACAAGCUGACCCUUCAUAAACCUGUUAUACGCUGAUCAUUCAGACCUUACAACCGCUAGUAAGAGUUUUGUUUUCGGAGAGACUUCAGAUGAAUCCAAUCUGUUGCCAGGCAUCCAACUUUAGUGAAAAUUGGAAUAUUUUUGAUGAGCUGAUGACGAUGCAUCCCUUUGGACGUCUUGAUUGGCUUGCUUUACCUUAUUGAGCUUAAAGAAUUUGUAAAUGAAGACGCCGUUUAGUCGGUUUUCUGCUGCAGAAGGGUGGGAGAAAAAACUGGAGCAGUUCUUUAAAAUCUCAUUUAAAAACUUGACCUACUGGAGGACGGCAUGGUGGUUUACAGCCAUGUAAACGUAGCGUUGGCAUGUUCUCCCUGUGCAUGUUCGGGUUCUCUCUGGGUAAUUGGAUUUCCUGCACAGACCAAAAACCUGAAUCUAAUGGAUGUAAACUAGUCUCUAAAGGAAUUAAUGAGCAUUCUU